AUGGCGCUCGCAGUCUUUGGGCGCGGGCUUUUCCUGGAGCCUCUUGCGGAGCUGUUGCCCGCGGUUGAUCUCGCGCGGUUCAGUUCAGCGAGCACUCGUUUCUACGCUCAAGCCGCAGCACGCGCGCGGGCUGGCAUUCGAGCGCAGCAUGGCCUCAUGAUCUUAGAUGGGGGAACGAUGGCAGAAAUGCACACGAUGGACUGCAUGCCCGAGACGCUGAACUUCGACCUGCGCGAGGAGCGCUGGAGGAGAGUGCUAAGCGGCAAUCCUUUGUGCACGACCUAUGUUGGAUCUUACAAGAAUAAGGUGACGCUGGCGCAAAUGGAUUUCAACCUGCGACGCGGCGCCUACCUUAUGACUCUCGAGGGGUGGGGCAACCUGGCACACGGUAUCUUGGACCUCUUCCUGGACGGACGGCGCAUCGGCUCCGUCGACUGGUUCGACGACUACACGCGUGAGCGCAGUCGCUCCAUCGACUUCGACGUGCGGUGGACGGGCGUGCACCAACUGGUGGGGAGGUGCAGCCAGAGCAACGCCGACGAAGACCGGCUGACGCGACACUGGAUCUGUCUGAGCGGCGUGCACCUUCGUGGGAUUGCGGGCACAUGGCGACUAUAUUCUUGGAUUUGA